UCACAGUGCGACGCCACAGAAACAUCGGCAUGCUCCGAGUGCUCAAGCAGAAACCACAAAUGCCAGUUCACAAAGGAGACAAAUAGGCGCAUGUCCUCGAUCAAGUGAGCGCGCCGCCUCGGUCGUGGUGCCGCAUGCUGAUCCCUCUCAGACAAGUCCAGGACCUCCAGAGCCAGAUCGCCGAGCUGACACAAGUAAACUCACAGCUGCGCACCAAGUCGCUGCCCAAGGAAGAUGUCCUCUCAGAGCGCGCAGAACCCAAACGCCGGCUGUCAGACCCCUUCGGACCUCCUGCACUGCGGCACAAGCUCGCCGCGCCCGCCAUGCGCGACUUCGACCAUGUGCGACGGAAUAUCCAAACCUACUCCCAGGGCAUCUUCGACACGCCGCACGUCCGCGCCAGCACCCCGCUCGAGGACGGCUCCGCUCUCCCGGACAUCCCGCCACGGGCAGACUUUGCGCAUCUCUCCCGGUCGUAUCUGAACCACGUGCACUACUGGUACCCCGCGCUGCACUGGCCGACGUUCACGCAGCAGGUCGACGAGGUGUACACGGCGCGCAGCUUCCACGGCAUGACGCGCGAGUGGAUCGGCCUGUUCUUCGCGGUCCUGGCGUGCGGCUGCUUGGAGAAGACGGGGUCGUCUGGCCCGUCGAAUAGAGGGGUGCCGUACUUUGACAUCGCCGCGCAGGCACUGACGCCCUGGCCGCAGGACCUGACCAUGGCGCAUGCGCAGGUGGCGUUGCUGUUGAGCAUAUUCGCUGCGGAGAGCAAUAUGCGGGCUGUGGGGUCGCUGUGGCUGUCGAAUGCGGUGAGGAUCGCACAGGAGCUAGGCUUCAACACGGAGACAGAUUCGUGGCCUGUUGUCGAUGGCGAGAUACGGCGCAGGCUGUGGUGGGCGAUCUACUCGCGAGACAGAACAACCUCCUUUGAAGCGAACAAGCCCAUGCUCAUCAAUGACCACGACUGCGACGUCGCCCUCCCCUCGCCCGCCGACGACCGCUACAUCCAACCCCAGGGCUUCUUCCGGACGCACGCCAACACCGCGCCCUUCACCGGUUCCCUCGCCGUAAUACAAAUCGCCCGCAUGUACGCGCCACUGUACCAAGCGAUGAAGACCAGCACCAUGAGCCCUCAGACUCUGCAAAGCUUCGAUCUCCAAUUCCGCUCGCGCCUCCAGCAACUGCCAGAAGCAUACCAGCCGCUCUCGACCGCCCCGCUCGAAACCGCCGCCCUCCCGCCCCUCUUCGCCCUCCUCUCCGCCCAGUUCCACCUCCACAGACGCAACCUCUCGCCCGCAUGCCACACCGCCGAGCGCCGCGAGGCCCUGCACCAAUGCGCCGCCACCGCCCAGGAGACGGCAAAGUACAUCUCGCGCGCGCUGCACUCGCCGCCGAAGCCCGACCUCGACAAGCCGUGGCCCGCGCGCGUCGCGCCCCUCGCCUCCAACGCCGCCUGUCUGCACCUCUGGCGCUGCAUCCUGCUGCUGUGCUUCCGCGGCGACUACGACGCCGCGCUCAUGUGCACGCACAUGCUCAGCGCCGUCGGGCCCGCGCGCCCCCUUGGCGCCGCGUGCGGCGCCCACCUCGUCUUCGCCCUGGAGCGCCUGGUCGAGCGCUCGCGCACCGUGCACCGCGCGCCCGUCCUCGAGCACGACGAGGAGCUGCUCGCGUACGUCAGCGGCGACCUGCAGGGCGCGGACGGGUGGGCGUGGACGGGCGCCGAGCUGGGUCCCGCGCCCGCAGCCGCAGCAGCAGCGCGCCGCGGCCAGGACCAGCCCAUGCGCGACGUGCCGCCGGAGUGGGAGGGCUGGGGCGCGGUCGAGCGGCUGGUGCGCGUGCUGGUCGACGAGGCGCGGCCGCGGUCCGCUCAGCCCACGCCGUACUAUCCGCCGCCGCACAACCCCGUCAAGCGCGUGCAGCUGGGCCCGAACGACCUGUCGCCGCCCAAGCCCGCGCCGCUGCCCAGCCCCGCGCCGUCCAACGCGAGCCGCAUCAGCAUCGCGAAUAUCAUCUAAUCCAAAACGGCGUCUGGACCACACGGGGGGGGGGGGGGGGGGUCCCACACGGGUGUCUGCGCAGCACGACACACGGCUACGGUUCCCUAUGUUGCAGAACAUGACCUGUCACGAUUCGUCUCGAUUCGACCUUAGCGUUUCCUUUUAGUCUCCAUCAUGUGUUUCCUUGCAAACUGGCGGGUUUUGUGCAUUUCCAUCGGCGGGGGGUGGGGGGGUUAAUCGGGUCGGCGCUGCUCAGCGCGGACAUGGUACAGUACGGUACUUGCGGUACGCGGCAUGGCAUCAGCGCGGCACAGCAUGGGGGAGGUUACGGCCGGGAGCGUCUGCGGGUAAUGCUGGGACGUCGUACACGUGGGCUUGGAUUUUACUGCAGUAAUACACACACACUCACAUACACUCACUCACA